AUGAAUAGAAAACGAGUAGUGCAUGUGCGUUGUUAUCGAUGCAAUGAGGUCGGACAUAUUGCUUGGGACUGCACGGGAAACGAGGCCGGAAACAAGAUGGCGCCAAUCUCUUCCUCAGACAACUUCUACUCUUUCUUUUCCCUUUCAUCUACUUGUUUCUCGCUUUCUUUUUUUUCUUCUUUUAGUUAUCAGAUCGUUUUUUUCCAUUUAUUUCUUCUUCUUUUCUUUUACUCAUUUUAUUUGCUUUUCUUUUCUUCUUUUUCUAGCUUAAAUCCUUUACCUAUUUUUUUCAUUUUUAUGCCUUCUUUCUUUUCCUUUUUUUCUCUAUUUAUUCAAUGUCGUUUUUUCUUCCUUUUUACAAUUCACUUCCUUUUCCUCUCUUUCUUAUACUCUUGCCUAUUUCUUCUUCUUUCUCCUCAGUCUUUAGAUAGUUCUCUACAUUUUGUUCUUUUAUCCGUUCAUUCCCUUUCCUUAAUUCUUCCUUUUCUUCCGUGUUUCUUUUUAUUAUUGUUUUCUUUUUUAUUUCUUUUUUUUUCAUUUAUUCGUUGCUUUUCUAAUAUAAUUUCCUCUUCUGUACUGUCGAAUAGAACAAGCCAAUCAUCUAUCUGUGCACCUUCCAACUCGUUCACAGAUCGCAGACCCCGCAGCCUUCCUAUUAAUCGACCACUUAUUUUGUUUUCUUCUCUUUCUUCAGAGACAUUUGCCAUGACCUGCGGUCGUAGGCCUCUUUCGAUUCUUGCCUUUACCCUUGGGGCCUUAACUCUACUCUUUCUGUCGAUUGCUGUAGCCACUGAUUUUUGGAUUUACGUAAGUGAACCAGCUUUAAUUGACGCAAAAACUGAGGUUGUAUUGGAGUAUCAAGUCAGCCGGAUGGGCCUUUGGAAAAAAUGCUCAUUAAUAGAAAACCAAACCACUGUUUGUCAUUCCAUUGAAAGCGUAGAAAGCAACCGGCAUGCGAUUCUGAAUAAAACCAUAGCAGAUCUCGUUGCAAUAUCUGUCAAUUCAACAUGUGCCUUUCCUGUUGCUGCUCUCCUUCUUGUCCUGCUUUCAGUUGUUGUUGGCAUUGUCAGCAGUAUUCGUCAGGAAAAACAUGUUUUACUCGCAUCUAUAUUAUUCGUGAUUGCAGGACUCGCCAUGAUUGUCGGCUUGAUUCUAUUCAUCUCGGCAGUGAAUGACGAAGUGGCUCCAUUACCAGGAGCAAAACUUAAGAACCCGACUAUUCGGUAUUGGUACUCGUGGUCAUUUCUCUUGGCCAGUAGUAGCUUUUUACUAGCCGAAGGAACUGGAGUGACUGGCAUCUACCUCUUCUUUCGAGAAAACUCCAGCCUUGAUGACAUGAUUCACAUCAUCCCGGGCCUGGAAGACAUUAUUCCAGAAGAUCAACGCAAAGACCAGAGCUUGGGUUACACAAAUUUCAAUGUAAUUUCGUGA